ACGAGGGCCUGUCCCCGCCCCUGCGUUAGGCAAAAAAUACUCUGGUCUGAGUUCGACUGCGACGCCAGGAAUUGCCUCCCUCGCAGAUCAUUUACCUGUGGACGCUGAUUUGUGGACACGACAUGCAACAAAACACGAGCUAGCAGAACUAGACGACACGACGGACUGUGGAGCUCUCGUUUCAGGUAGUGUCAAAAGCAGUUCCUGCGCAGACGCUGAGCAAUUUUUUUCAAUCAUGAAUCCCUCGAGUGCUACAGAUGAUGUGUCAGCAGGCGUAAAGCUGUCACAACACUGGGAACGUAAACUUCGCGCCGCGCCUUUGAUGAUGAUGGUCAACGUGGCCGAAAUGGUUUUCGCGGACCGUUUCCGUUCCUGCAGGCGGAACGCAUUCGCGGGCGAGAUGGUGAUGAAGCGCCUCGCUACUACCGAUCCGUUCGACAUGUAUAACUGCCGCGUUGACGAGCCGGACUGCUUCUGGCGAGUGCGCGCGUCCCCGGAGUUCAACAGCUUCUACUCUGCCUGGGUGCAAUACGCUGUUGGCGGAGCCUGCAACUACGUGGGAGCGUCGCUUUUCUUUCCCACACUGGCCGUACGGGAGCCGGAGCGGUACUUUCCGGCGCGGUUGGCUUCGAUGGGAUUAUUGGUGUACCGCAUGCACAUGCGCAAGGUGAAGUCGGCGGAAUGGCGGCGAAAAAUGAUGCAGUCGGUGAACAAAAAGACGAACGUGAGCGACACAAUAGACAACAGCACAACCACUACUACGGUGUUAGCCCCUUAUGGGAACAAACGCUAUUUCCAGUGCCGCCCAGCAAGUCACUGUUCUGAUCCAGACGCACCUCUAGGGACUGCGAAAGCCGUCACGCCCUACCAUACCUGGAUGGUGUACUGGGAAAUACAGAACGCGCGCACUUCAAGGCACUGGGGGCGGCGCGGCACUGUUUCCGCUUCUACGACAACGUCCACAACGAGUCGGCCGCCUUCUGGCAGCCCUUUUGACGUCGACGUCGAGAGUGAACAAGAUGUCGCAGCGGAGGCUACUUCAAGAAGCGAAGUAGAGAUGCUCGUCUCUCCGAGUCGAGUGAAGCGACCGGACCCGGGUCUGGCGAUGUCGUGGUGGUAUAACACGGUCGGGAUAAACUUUGCAAUUCCUGUGACGGGGGAAUUUUGGCGUCGCGCAGCCGACCGGUUCCUCCCGGACACGGGGUUCCUUGCUGCCCUGUUUCGUUUCUUUGCCUUCUGUAUCAAAUGUAAAAAUGUCUGGGUCUUGAAGAUUGGAACUUGUGACGCUAACUUUGAACUCUAGAAAAAUCUGUAUUGCAUGACCAGCAAGAGGAGUCUAGUUUGUGCUACGCGGGGAGGGCGUUUGUCAUGCGGAGUAGGCAUCAGGAAGCCCUCUCAAAAUCUGUGACGCGCGGCCGUGCAUUACAGACAUCCUGGGUCAUGUAAAACAUGCAGGACAAAUCUCAGAAUCUUCCAGACCCAGACAUUUUUGCAUUUGAUAUUCUGCACUCGCGCGGACGUGGACGUCGAUCCUGCCGUUAUUCUAUCAAAUGUAAAAAUGUCUGGGUCUGGAAGAUUGCCAGGUUUGUCAUGCACAUUUUGCAUGACUCCUGAUGUCUGUGAUGCAUGCCCUAGCAUCACAGAUUUUGUGAGGGCUUCCUGAUGCCUAUACCGCAUGACAAAUGCUCUUUGCGUGUAGCAAAACUUGGACUCUCUUUGCUGCUCAUGCAAUUAACAGAUUUUUUUAUAAUCCAAAAUCAGCAUGACAAGUUGCAUUCUUCCAGACCCAGACAUUUUUACACUUGAUAUAUUCGUGAGGAAGUGCGGACCCGCCUUGUGGGAUCGUCACGGUCGCUCGCGGUACCAGCGCGAACAACACAUGUUCCCAAGAGGGACGACAUGGACGACACUGUUCCUGGUCUGGAAGGACAAGAUCUUCUUCGUGUUGGAACUAGGUGGUCUCCCCUUUCACUUUUCGAGAGAAGUACUAGUAGACCUCUCCUGGGACGACGAGAGCUCUCGUUAGCAAAAACAACGAGAGCAGACGAAGCAUCAUCGGCGCCGUUGUUGUGUUACCUGAAUCUGUGUGAUGCAAGCAGCAUUGUUGAGGGUGCAAAGCAGGUUCUGUUUGCCUCCCUGGCGUUCAAAGAAGAGCUUGGACGGGAAAUUUGGGAGUGCGCACAGGACAACGAAGGCUACAGUUUGCGAAGUUUCUUCGUUUUUUUUCGCCCGGAAAAGGACCAUAUGGGCAUGUGCAGUGGCGGUGCUGAAGUGGAGGUGGAUGUUCACCACUGCUGCAGAGAAAUCUAUCCCGCGAUCUAUUACAGUGAAAAGUGCUUUCCACCCCAAAGUUGCAAAAAUUUGUGAUGCGAAGUUUCCAAAUGAAAACUUUUUGUCAUGCAUGAAAGGAGUAUGAAUCUUUCUGAUGCAGAUUCUAGUCGUGUUUCGCAUCGCUUUCAUGACAAGCACCGCUCUUGCUGGGAUCUUUUGCAAUACAAAUUUUUGCUAUUCGCGAUCGGAAAUCUGUGAUGCUGAUACAUGCAAGAGGGCGAAUUUUUCAUUUGGAAAGGUUUGCAAUACAAAUGCUUUCAAGUUCGGGGGUGGGGGCAUUUUUCAUUGUAAUACGAUCAAUAACCUGCGCUGGCAAGAACACGUGUCGAAUCCGACUUAUGGAUGUGUCAGAGUUGAAAUCGACAAAGUUGAAAUAAUUUGUCAUGCAUAAAAUGGAUGCCAGUUGGAACCCAUUUUCCAAGUGGCGCAUGACAAAUUUCGGCGGUCCCUAAAUCCAGUUUGUCGUGCUGUCUAGGCAAAGAAGAGUGAUUUUCUCAUGCUACUUUAGCAGCUCGAGCUGUAACCCCAAACAGGCUUACAAUCGGCCUCACUUGCCUGCUCUGCAACGCACGCACCUCGGGGCAUGCAUUUUAUGCAUUACAAAUUAUUUCAACUUUGACGAUUUCAAACCUGACGCUUCCAUACGACUCUGAUGCGGCUGCCCAACGUACUGCACCUCGACGCACAGGACGCGAUUUGGGGUGGAGUGCCAACGAGCCGCGUGGAAGCGGAUCGAUACGCUACCCUUGCCUUAGUGGAUCUCUCCACUUUUAUGGCGCUUCUGUUGGUUGACCAAGACGAGCGUCCUGGUUCCGCGGAACCUUUCCAGACGGCUCCUCACCGGCCAGCGGAUGGUACCCUGCCAACCGAGACUAGCUCGCCGUCGACACGGGGUUGUGCACCUGCUGCUGAUGUUCUUGUUCAUGCACCUGAUGCUGACCACAGCUACUUGAAGAAUGAUACCACGCCUGUCGUGACGGAAUGCUGGCGCAAAGCGCUGCGAGACACCGUUCAGGUGUUUGUACGGACGGAUGAGAGCGGAUGCGGUAGGUACGACGAUUGGACGAGCUGGGCUUUGCCGGACAAAGAGAUGGAGGUGUUAAGUCAACAAGCGCCAACCUUUUUGAAAGGGUCACUUCUCAACAAUGCAACGUCUGCAGGACGCAGUAUCCAGCCAGGGCAGCAGAAUGAUUUUUCGCAUAACAGAAGAGACCCACUUUUCUGUUCCUUCCAGGAGUGGUCGGAAAAGAAUAGCUUAGCUUUUCCCGCCAGACCGGGGGAGGGUUCUUUGCAGUUGCGCAUGCUCAUGGAGGUUCACGCAAGGGCGUUCGGCGACCAUUCCACAACGAAAAGUGCAUUAACGGCACUCGACUUGUCGUCAAAGGUUGUAGCCUUUGCACGAGAUGUUACAAAGAAGGCCUGGGGCGUGCGUGUGGUGCUAGAAAAUGCUCUCCGAUAGUUUAGUAAGCAUUUUGAGUUCACAGAAUGAUUAAUCAGUAGUCGUAGUGUAGUAUUGAAAACUAACCGAUCAGGGCUUGCUUUUAUUACAUUUGCUCCCUCCGGGACCGGGACGUGCCGGUUUUAUUCGAUGAUGUUGAUCACUACCACAACGCAUCAACGCAGCUCCUAAGGCACGCUGACUGUAGUAAGCACGUACGAGUAACUGAGUUUCUAGUCAUAAUUUAAUACAUUCAUAAAAAUGUGGUGAAGAGUGAAGACCAAGACCGCAUCCGAGUAAGACAGUAGUAUCUAUACAUAGCGAAACUAGCAACAUGAUCUAUUGCUGGGCGAGACACGACGGGGAAACGACAGGACGCCCUCCUAGGCCUCGCGUCUUUUGUGAUAAAUCUCCAGCAUACCAGCAUAGUAUAGAAAGCGCACGUCCAGAUGUAGCAAGUCAUGAAAGGCGAAAUCAAAGUGCAACUGCUGAAAAAGCGAAGGGAGAGGAUUUGCUUAUCGUGUUUCUUUUUUCAUCUCUCCUUUUUUUCUCACUUGUCUUUUUUACAUACAAUACAACGUCGUCAGUGCUGCUAGGCGUAGGCUUGGGUCAGACGUACUUCUUCGUCUCCCGACGAUUUUGGUUUUCGAGAAAGCGGGGUGGAAUUUGGAGCUUUUUGGGGACUUACCACUACUCCUGGACAGCUCGUCAGGCGCUUCUAAUUCUAAUUCUAAUUCUAUUUCCACACAAUGCUGGCCCGAU